ACCUUGCUAUGACUAUGAUGGGCCUCGUGUCCGGCCGUCGACGGGCCACUUCGACAACCAGCAGCCGAGGAUCCACGGACGAGGGCAGAGGCGACGGUGGUGACGAUGACACCCAGGUAGUCGAACCCGAUCAGGGCAAUGUGCUCUCCCACAUCAUCUCCCAGCUCAGGCCUGGUGCCGACCUCAGCAGGGUGACCCUUCCCACCUUCAUCCUUGAGCCGCGCAGCAUGCUGGAGCGCAUUACAAACUUUAUGAGCCACCCUGAGAUGCUGCUGCCGAUACCUGAGAUUGACGACCCCGUGGAGAGAUUUGUGUCCGUCGUCAAGUUCUACCUCAGUGGCUGGCACAUCCGUCCUCCUGGAGUCAAGAAGCCGCUGAACCCCAUCCUUGGCGAGAUAUUCACCUGUUACUGGGACUUUCCGGACAACACACGAGCAUACUACAUUUCGGAACAGACCUCGCACCACCCUCCGAAAUCGAGCUACUUCUACAUGGUCCCUGAGCACCACAUCAGAGUUGAUGGUACCCUGAAACCGAAGAGCAAGUUCCUCGGAAACUCAGCAGCAAGUUUGAUGGAGGGCACAGCUGUCCUCACCUUCUUGAACCGGGGCAAGAAUCCUCAGAAGGGCGAGCGCUAUCACCUGACACAGCCUAACAUGUACGCGAGAGGAAUCCUCUUCGGCAAGAUGAAGUACGAGUUGGGAGACCACAGCGUCGUCCGAUGCCCCGAGAUGGGUCUCGUCGCGGACUUGGAGUUCAAGACAAAGGGCUGGGUCGGUGGGAUGUAUAAUGCAAUCGGCGGAACAAUCAAGAAUGAGAAGACGGGCGAGGUGCUAUACGAGCUCUCUGGGCUGUGGAGCGAUGAGAUGUUCGUCAAGGAUCUCAAGACUGGUCACAAGGAGAUGUUUUUCAACGCACAUCGUUCGAAGCCGGCACCCCCACAAGUCAGGCCUGUUGAGGAACAGGAGGAAGGAGAGUCACAGAAGCUGUGGUUCAAGACCGCACAGGCCGUCAAGGACCGAAAUCACGAGCUCGCUACCGACGAGAAAUCGAAGAUCGAGGAUGCGCAACGAGAUGAGGCCGCUAAGAGGGCUCAAGAUGGAGUCGAGUGGCACCCACGACUGUUCAGAAGGGUCCAGGGCGGACCGGGUGGCCCUGAAGAAGGAGAGGAAGAUCUAGAAUGGAUCAUCAAUGCGCAAAUGUGA